GUGGACAGUCACCUCUUCAACGGGUCCAGGAACACAGGGCUGUAACCGGGAGCCUCUGAGAGGUCCAGGGCACCAUGGAGAGUGCAAAGGGAAUAUCCCGAAAAGGCCGGAAGCUGGCCUCCAGCCGCAGGAGACAGACAAGAGAGCCGGCCGAUGGCCAGGAUGCCUCAGCGGCCCCAGUUCCCGAGUCCUGGUCCCCUCAGGCUGAUGCAGAACUUCAGGACUUCUUCCAGAACUGUGGUGCUAAGGAGAGGGGCUUUGUCACUCGAGAGGACCUGGUGGAGGCCAAGUUCAGCUUCCUGGACGGCGAGGAGGAUCCCCAGAUGGUAUUUGACUGGAUGGACAUGGAGCACAGGGGCCGCCUGUCUCUGGAAGAGUUCAGAUCUGGACUCAAAAACAUCUUUGGCUCUGGCCCGAGUGCCCUCAGGCUCCGUAGAAAGCGGCCACCGCCCUCCCAACGGGUGUCUGUGACUUCCAGCUUCCCUGCCCUGGAGGAGGCUGACGCACAGGAGAAAGAGGCUUUCCUGGGCCUCCUGGGGCAGCUGGGGACAGGCCACUCUCUUUCUGAGCAGGUGGAGAUCUGGCAGUUGUGGGAGGAGCUGCGGCAGGAGGAGCCUGGGCUGGCAGGCAACCUGGAGGGCUUCCUAGCCAAGAUGAGCGGUCGUCUGCAGGAGGUGCGGGCUGACAGGGAUGCGCUGGAGCAGACACUGAGGACGCGAGAUUCUGACCACCAGCGUGAGGUGCAACAGCUCUAUGAAGAGACAGAGGAACAAAUUCGUAGGGAGCAGCAGCAGCUUCAGGCCCAGAGUGACUCCCGGGGCUUGGCCUUCAGCACCCACAUGCAAGAGGUCCUGGACGCCAAAGAACGAGAGGUUCAGCGGCUGACCGAGGGCCAGAGAGAGCUGGAGGUGCAGCUGCUGUAUCUCAGCAGUACUCAGCAGGAGGCCAACUCUGAGAACCAACAGCUCCGGGAGGCUGAGCGGGACCUGACUGGGCAGCUGGAGGAGGUUCGAGGACAGCUGCAGGUGACCAGGGGACACUUGAACACUGCCAGGGGCCGAGUGUCCUGGCAGACAGAGGAGGAACCCAGUGUCCCCAGGGCAAAUGAGAAAGCUCCCCCUGAGGAAGCCCCGCUACCUGGGCUGUUUGGGGACAGUGAUGACUGGGACCAACUCCUAAGCAGCUUUGGCAACCAUCCCCACAGAACCCCGCAGCUAUCCUGGAGCCCACCUCCCACCCCGAAUGUCACCUCCAGCCCCCAGACACCCCGUGUGGUCAGGCAGAUUUCUAUCUCGAAGCAACCUGCUUUGAUGUUUGGUCAGGAACCAGCCUCAGAUCCAGAUUGGGCUCCAAGCAGCCCCACUGGGGUGCUUUCCAGCCCCAAGGAUGGGAAAGGGGUGGAGAACACAGACAGACAGCACAUCAGCCCUAAGCAGCCUGUGGAGCCCCCUGGCCUGGAAGUCAAACCUGAGGCCCACUUGCUCUGGAGCCUGUCAGGAGCUCCAGCUGGAGAGUUGGAUAGCCUGGGGGCAGCUAAGGCUGAGCCUCCUCUCCAAGGCCUCUCUCCCCCUCCUCAGGCCUCAACUGGGUCCAGAAAACAGUUCCAGGCCUCAGACCCAGGUAGCAAAAGCCUUGGACCUGGGCCUGCCCCAGCCAAGCUGCCCACGGAGGGAGAGGCCUUGCCUGAGGACCUGUAUGCUGCAGGCUCUGACCCAGGUUUGGGAUCUGAGAAGGUCAUGGCCCUCUCCGAGAGGGCCACUGAGUCCUCCCAAGGCCUGGAGCUUGUGGGCCAGGUGUCUACAGAGGGCCCAGCUCAGGGUGAGGCAGGUAUGGCUGGACUGGAGACCCAUCCUGGGGAGCUACACAAAGCUCAUGGCCAGAUCUUCAGGAUGGAUGGCCCGCCUGCCCACACCCUCCAGAGCCCCAAAGUGCAGCCCAAGGCUGAGGAAGGAAACUUAGGAGACAGAGGCCAGCAGGACCUGGGGACAGAACAGGCUGCUGAGGCUCAUGGCCUGGAAAUGGGAAAUCUAGAGUCACCCCAGCAAGAUGCUCAGCUGUUUCCUCCCUGGUCUGUUAUAGCACCAACUUCUGCUGAGGCAGAAGUUCCUGCCCCUGGCAAGAUGUCUCCAUCUAGGAGCUCUCCCCCCAUGGGGGCUGGGUCUGAGGCUGUAGUGGGGACCCUCCUCACCCUGCCUGAGCUGGAAGCCCAGCCUAGGCCUAUGCCUAUGUCUGCUCAGGUGGAGAGUGAGCCAGGUGCCCCUCAGUCCAGGGAGCCAGGGGCUGAGAGCAGGUCCGAGAAGCCAGGAACCGAUUCAGAGGAGACUGGGUUGACCUCCUCCCUGGGGGACCUCACUCAGCCUCAGGCCGACCCAGACUACCUCUUUCACGUCAUCUUCCUGGGAGAUUCCAACGUGGGCAAAACCACAUUCCUACACCUGCUGCACCACGAUGCCUUUGCCACUGGGCUGACAGCCACUGUGGGAGUGGAUUUUCGGGUCAAAAACCUGCUGGUGGACAACAAGUGUUUUGCACUGCAACUCUGGGACACGGCCGGCCAGGAGAGGUACCACAGCCUGACAAGACAGCUGCUUCGAAAGGCAGAGGGGGUGGUGCUCAUGUAUGAUGUCACCUCCCUCGAAAGCUUCACUCAUGUGCGUUACUGGCUAGACUGUCUACAGGAUGCAGGUAUGGAUGGGGCUGUCAUACUCCUGCUGGGAAACAAGAUGGACUGUGAAGAAGAGCGACAGGUACCCACCGAAGCUGGCCGGCACCUAGCCCAGGAGCUGGGGGUUUCCUUCAGUGAAUGCAGCGCGGCCCUGGGUCACAACAUCCUGGAGCCCAUAGUGAACCUGACCCGGUCACUCAAGAUACAGGAAGACUGCCUGAAGGAGUCACUGGUGGAGGUGGCCCCCCAGCGGCCUCCCAGGAGAGCCCGCUGCUGCUCCUGAUGCUGUCUAGGCCCACAGAGGAGGUCUUCCCAGGGCUCCCGUUCUGGUUUCCCUGACACAGCCACCAAUGAGCCCUGCUGGGGAAGAGCCUGGGAAGACACCACCCUAUCACCUUCAAAGCAGGACUCUGCAGAGCAUGUGCUGGGGUGGGAGGGCAGCAAAUCUCUUUAAAGGCAAGAAAAGUCUAGAAACCUACCUAAGGAAAAUAGCUCCAAAUAUCACAUUCAGCCCUGGAUGGCAAAAUGACAGGGUGCUGAGGUAUCAUCUAUUGGUGUGACAAGAGCAGGUCCCAGUUUUCACUGAGAGAAGUCAGGGUGGAAGCAGAAACUGGGGGAAACUGCCUGCUUGCUGGCUGGCUCACUAGCUCAGAUUUAGCUAAUUUUCUCAUACAGCCCAGGGCCACCUGCCUAGGGAUGGUACUACCCACAGUGGGCUGGGCCCUCCCACUUCAAUUAGCAAUCAAGAUAAUGCCCCCAGGGACAGGCCUC